GAGGCGGAGCCAGUAGAAAACGGCGCGAAAACGGCGCGGAGCCCUGCGCGCUCGGAUCUCACUAUGGCGCAGAGUCGGGUCACCGAUUUCUUCGCUUGCCGCCGCCCGGGGUCGGCAGCUCCGCGGGUCAAGGAAGCCUGCCGCACCCCCAGCCCCUCCGGGCCCUUGCCCGCCCUCGCCCCGGGCAGCGGUCGCAAGCGCCCCCGACCGCCAGCCGCGCCCGAGGGCGACCAUCCCGCGCCUCCCGCGCGCCGGAGACUGAGGCUGCACGAGGAUUCCAGGCCCAGCUCCCCAGCCGCCCCCAGCGGUCGUUCGCUGGCCAGGAAGGUCAAGAAAAGCGCUGCCCCUGCCCCAGCAGGUCAGGUGCCUUUACUCGCGGCCCCACAGGACAAGGUCCCGUCCGAGGACAGCGUGUCCGAGCUGCAGGCGUGCCUCCAGCGGGCUCGGGAGCUGGGCGCGCGUGUCCAAGCUCUGAAGAGCAGGGCACAGCCGGGUGCUGAGGAACCUAGCCCGCCGGAGGCUCAGUGCCCCGCACAGCAGCCAUGCAGCAAGAAGGUGCCUGCUUAUCAGCGCUUCCAUGCCCUGGCCCUGCCUGGCCCGCCAGGCCUUGUGCUGCCCUACAAGUACCAGGUGCUGGCAGAGAUGUUCCGCAGCAUGGACACCAUUGUGGGCAUGCUCCACAACCGCUCGGAGACCGUGACCUUUGCCAAGGUCAAGCAAGGGGUCCAGGACAUGAUGCGCAGGCGCUUUGAGGAGUACAACCUGGGUCAGAUCAAGACAGUGUAUCCCAUGUCCUACAGCUUCCGGCAAGAGCGCAACAUCCCCACCUUCAAGGAUAGUGUCAAGAGGUCUGAUUACCAGCUCACCAUAGAGCCGCUGCUGGACAGGGAGGCUGCAGGCACCACUCCCCAGCUCACAGCCUCAAGGAUGCUACAGCGGCGACAGGUCUUCAGCCAGAACCUGGUGGACCGGGUCAAGGAACACCACAAGGCCUUCCUGGCCUCCCUGCACCCACCCAUGGCUGUGCCCGAGGACCAGUUGACCCGCUGGCACCCGCGCUUCAACGUGGAUAAUGUGCCUGACAUCGAGCCAGCUGAACUGCCCCAGCCGCCCACCACCAAGAAGCUCACCACUGCCCAGGAGGUGCUGGCCCGUGCCCGCAGCCUGAUGUCGCCCAGGAUGGAGAAAGCCUUGAGUCACGCAGCUGUGUGUGCAGCAGAGGCCAGCAGCCCUGGGUCCCCCAGCCUGGCACUGCCAGCCAGCCCUGCCAGCCCACCCACUGUCCCUCCCAGUGCACUGAAGGGUGUGCCCCACGCCCUGCUGGAGCGGAUCCGUGCUAAAGAGGUCCAGAAACAACUGGCACAAAUGACGCGGCGCCCAGAGCUUGAGCUGAAGCUGCAGCGGCUUGAACGGCUGCCUGAGCUGGCACGUGUGCUGCGCGGUGUGUUUGUGGCUGAGCGCAAGCCUGCACUCACCAUGGAAGUGGCCUGUGCCAGGAUGGUGGGCAGCUGCAGAGCCACCUUGAGCCUGGGGGAGAUGGAGAGGCACCUGCUGCUCCUUGCCGAGCUGCUGCCUGACUGGCUCAGCCUGCACCGCAUCCGCACUGACACCUACCUCAAGCUGGACAAGACUGCCGACCUGGCCAGCAUCACUGCACGGCUGGCCCGCCAGGCCCGCGCUGAGGAGGCCCAGUGACCCCUUUUACUGCUGUCAGCAUGCAUCCAUGUUGAGGGCCACGGCUGCAUGGCUUGGACCUCCUGCCAGCGUGGACUCUGGGUCUUACAGUGUGCUGGUGUUGCAUCUGUUUGUGGGGCUGUCUUUGCUGUCUGCCUGCUCCACAGUCCUUGGGCACUGCUGCCGGCAGGAAGGGGGCCCAGCACCUGGUGGACUGCACAGGUGGCGUGUGGAGCUAGCAGUGUGGUUGGCAGUGCCCCCUCCAUCCGUGUCCUGGCGCUGUGAACUAUGACCUUAUGGGGACAUGUUCUGACGCCCACUCACAGGCCUGCUGGGCACCCCACAAGUGGUGUGGACCUCCUGGCACAGCAGCUGGGUAAAGGAUCAGGUUCUGAGCAGUGGCACGAAGUCUAACUUACUGUAGAAGGACGAUAACUAAUUUCCUAGGUCUUGUGCCAGGAUAACCUGUGAGACCUGAGGUGUGACUGAUUUGCUU